AUGGAGGGAUCGGCAACGGAGGGAAAUCACGGAGGCGAUCCCCGCGCCGAGCAUGCCGCAACCAAGGAGUCCGAGGCGGCGGCAACGCAACACCAUCUGACGCUGCUCCAGCCGACCGUGGUCGAAGUUUCUGCAGCCGUGCUGGAUAAGGAAAAGGUGGGGGAGCACGAGUCAGUGGGGCUGGUCGGUGGCUCUCCACCUUCUGGUGGACGGGGGAGGCGUAGGCAGAGGAAGAGCGAUGGGGAGGACGAUUAUGAUACCGCUGUGCCCGGGGACCUCAUUACGCGGGCGAAGAGGCGGCAGACGACAGGUAGUGCUGACGACGCCGGAGGCGCGGCAGUUGGGACACCGCGAGGCGCCAAGGAAGCUAGUGGCAAGGCGGGCGGUCAAGCAUUGCGCCAGAAGGGCCGACCCGCAGCAAGAAAAGCAUCCGGCGGAAGGAGAGGCAAGAAAGCAGUGACGGGAACAAAGCCGAAACGGGGUGAUGAAGACCGCGGACGAGAGGAGGAGGAGGAGGAGGAGGAGGAGGAGGAGGAGGAGGAGGAGGAGGAGGAGGAUGAGGAGGAGGAGGAGGAGGAGGAGGAGGAGGAGGAGGCAGAGGAGGAGGAGGAGGAGGAGGAGGCAGAGGAGGAGGAGGAGGAGGAGGAGGAGGAGGAGGAGGAGGAGGAGGAGGAGGAGGAGGAGGAGGAGGAGCAGGGUGACGACGAGGAGGAGGAUGUGGAGGAGGAGGAGGAGGAGGAGGAGGAGGAGGAGGAGGAGGAGGAGGAGGAGGAGGAGGAGGAGGAGGAGGAGGCAGCGGAGUAG